UCACACCUCAUCAUCUAAGAUGCUCCGCAACAUCUUCCUCGUCACCUGCCUCAUAUGUUCAGUCUGCGCAGUUCACUGGGAGAUUCGUGAAGUGGAGUCUUCCGAAGAUGUCGAUGAGAUGCCAGCUGACAGAAUGACAAAACAGAAGCUGCCUGGCCUUUGUUGGACGUGUGAAUGGGUCAUGAAAAAGGUGAAAAAAAGGAUCGCCGUGAACUCAACACCGGACGACAUUAAAAGAAAGCUGUUUGCCACCUGUGAUCAAAUUGGCUUUUUGAAGAACGAGUGCAAGAAGUUCAUUCAGAAGUACGUGAGCACUUUGGUUGAGGAACUCAGCACCACUGAUGGUCCAAAGACCAUCUGCACCAGCAUACGCGCCUGCAAGUCGACAUUCUUAAAGGAUUUCAUUCUUUCAUUUGAUCAAGCAUUUGACAAUCUCUGAGAUUACUAACAGCAUUGUAUGCAUUACAAUGAAAGCACC